AUGUUUGGAGGCGUUUUAAUAUUUCGACUCUCGGUGAUUAUAGCGAUUUGUAUUUAAAGACUGAUGUGCUUCUUCUCGCGGAUGUUUUUGAGAAUUUUCGUAACACGUGUAUAAAUAGUUAUGGACUUGACCCCGCGCAUUAUUAUACGUUACCGGGAUAUACUUGGGAUGCCAUGCUAAAAUUCACGGGCGUUCGAUUCGAGUUACUCACUGAUAUUGAUAUGGUACUAUUUGUGGAACGUGGGAUACGCGGUGGUUUGAGUCAGUGUUCCAAUAGGUAUGCGAAAGCUAAUAAUAAAUAUAUUUCAUCGUACGAUCCGUCGAUACCGUCUUCAUAUCUAAUGUACUUCGACAUAAAUAAUCUUUAUGGUUGGGCAAUGAGUGAACCGUUACCGUACGCGAGUUUUGCAUGGGUCAAGAACAUCGAUUGUCUCGACGCGAUAUUAUCUGUACCAUCAAAAUCAAAUCUUGGCUACAUUGUGGAGGUCGAUCUUGAGUAUUCGCCCGAUUUACACGAUAUUCACGCGGAUCUUCCGUUUUGUGCGACGCGAAGUAGACCGCCGGGAAAACGAAGUGAAAAACUUCUCGCCACACUUUAUAAUAAGGAACGUUAUGUGACGCAUUAUCUCAAUUUGCAGCAAUGUGUGCGUCAUGGUUUGCGUAUUUUCAUGGAAAUUGUGCCGACAAUUAGUAACAAUGACUACGCUUUGGGAGAAUCGUUGGGGGGGAGUCUGUCGAUUAUGCGUAUAAAAGUCAUCGUAAGUUGGCCAAGUACUGAUGACUACAAGUCUUUAGCAGAAUCGAACGAAGAAAACGAUUUUUUUUGCUAUGAAGUUUUGCCAUCAAGUCCCAUUCCUGCUUGUGAUCUGAGGAUUGAUUACACGCGAUGGAAUUUGUCGACGUAUCAUUUUCGGAGAGAAAUAGGAUUAGUGACGCCCACAGAUGUGUUGUGGAUCAAGAUGAUGACAGCAUUUAAUCGCUCGUUAGUGGGUUAUCGAUUUACGAAAAAUGGAAGCCAGUGGAAUAAAAUAUAUUAUGACGCGCGAUGGAUUCCUACGCCCGGAGAAACAAUAGGGGAGUUUGUGUAA